AUGCGUGGGCUGAUUCAUGUGCCGCGAACGGGACAAGAGGAGCAUGAUCAUUCCUUGCAGGAUUCGUGCCUGAGAAGUUUGGGUUCAUUCUCAACUGCGUAUACAGACUUGCAUUGGAACAAUCUUGUUAGAGAUCUGAAGAGUCAAAUGUUAGAAAUGUACAAAGACUAUCUAAUCGAUGAGAAAGGUCUUGGAAGAAAUGAAGUUGAAGAUUUAUCUAUAACAGAUAUAAUAAAGAGAAUUAGAGGUGGUUAUAUUAAGAUUCAAGGCACCUGGCUACCUUUGGAAAUUGCCAAACUACUAUGUGCCAGAUUUUGUUUCCCCAUACGGUACCUUUUAGUGCCGAUAUUUGGCGAGCAGUUUCCCGAAGAAUGUGAGACCAUGUUUAAUAAUAUUCAUAAGCAAGUUGGCAGUAAUUUGACUACAAUUAAUCAAACAUCUUACCUGUCACCAAAUCCCUGGAUGGACGUGAAUUCUUCUGUCAUGUCACCCAUUAAUCAAUAUGCUUUUAUGCCCACCCAAAAGAGAAAAAAAAAGAAUGACUAUGCAGCUGCAAGAAAAAAAUUACUACCUAAUUAUGUGGCGGUUCCGGAAGUGAAACAUUUUGUGAACAAAUCACCUUCUCCUUCGUUUUCGAGAAGAAAUAGUACCAUGUCUUGGGGCCCUGAAUCGAGCCAUUUCAUGAUGAGGAAGUGCUCGAAUGAAAACUUGCCCCCAAUAAGUACUAUUAUGGAUACUCUUUCCCAGCAAAUAUUGCCGGUCCCUGUGAAUGAUAGCUAUAACUAUAACCAAAGUCAAUACCAAUAUCAAACACCACAUAACGUUUCCAUAAAUGGUUCGACAUUUACGCCUCACCAGCAGGUUUUUUCCGAACCCACUGUACAAACGCUGUCGCAUCUUGCAACUUUUUAUACCACGAAUGGACAUAGAUACUCAUAUCCUGGUAAUGUGUAUCUUUCGAAUCAAAAGCAAUCGCCAAUAAUGGAGAAUUUUUCAAAUGAUUAUUUUGCACCAAAAUCGAAUCAAGCGUCGUAUGCUCCAACCCACGAUUACUCAGCGUGGAAUAAUAUAUACUCUACAGAAAGAAGUGCAGAAUACUGGCUACCGAAAACGAAUAAUGAUUAUUCGAAGGUUCAGAAUUCGCAACGAAAUGAAAGUGUUAAAUACCCUGCUACAAACCAAGGACCAUUCAGCGAAAGUCGCUGA